UAAAAGCUUCUUGCCAAUUCUUCCCAAACUCCUUCACCAUCAUCACCAUCUUAAGAGCUUCCAUUGCAUGAAAAACACGGAAGGGACGUCACAUUCCCACACCCAUCGCACGAGCCCGCUGCUCUUAGUGUUUUCAAUGAGAUGAGCUGUCCAAAAUGCAUGGACACCAAUGGCAAUGACCACUGCUUCAUUUUCAAGUUGCUUACAUGUUAAACCUAAAUAAACUCCAUCACCUGGGUUCUUGGGUACUUGGGUACCAGAAGUGAUUCUCGAGUAAGGAUAAACUGCAAGUGAAAACCAUUUGUCAAACCCAGAAUUGUAAUGCUCGUAAUAGUUUCUCUAUUAGGAGCUUCCAGAAUGUUGCAAUGGAUGGGAGGAUCAAGGAAGAAAGUGACAACUUCAAGGAAGUCCAUACAGAAGAGGCAAAAGCAAUACUUUGAACAACGGAGGCGGCAACUGCAGCAACAAACAGCUGGGUUGGAGAUGUCUGAAGGGGGAGGAUAUAAAUGUUCAGAAAAUUACAAAGAGCAUAGGUCAUUGGAUGUUCUCAAUUUGCUAAACUUUUCAACCAGUUUCCAAGACUGCAAACCUUGUUGCCCUAGUGGAAGGAAAGAUUCAAAAGUCAAUACUUCAACAGUCAAGAAUCAUAUAGAUCCACCAAUAAUUCUAGCCAGCACAGUCUGCCCGUUCAGUUCUUUAGAAAUUACGGAAGCAAGUUCUCAAUCAGGCAGCCAAGUGGAGACUCUAUCCACAAAGAAGGUUCUACUCAGUUCUCCAGAUGAUCUCAGCAAUGCUCUCUAUGAUCCUGAUAAUAAAUCGGACUUUGGGAGGAAAGCAACUCAACAACAAUUAUCGUUCUUUGAUUUGCUUGGUGAUGAUGAUUCAGAUAGAAAUUUAGAAGGAACUCUAGCUCCUGAAGCUCAUGUUGCAUUUUCAGUUGAUGGUUUGGGUAAAGUGGGCACAGAAACACCACCACACUCACCACGACAACUUGACAGAUAUAUUACCUAUGGUUUCUCCUCACCGUUGGAGACUGUAGAGCAUAACUCAUCAAGGAACCUUAGUUCUGUAUUGAAUGAUUUAGAACUUGAGGUGGAUGCAAUAAUGCAAGAUAUUGGAAUUCCUCCUUUUGAAAGUUCCUUAGAAUUUUCAACGAUGAUUGAGGAUUCAUGUGGCCAGCUAAAGAAGAAUUCAUCUGAGGUCAGAGACUGCAGGAAACUUCGCGGACGGGAUAGUAAAUUAAGAAGCCGAUUCUCUAUUGAACAAGAAUUUUGUAAUACCAGAAUUGAUAAUGAAGACUUAUGGGAUGAUUUCUUGAAAUAUGGAGAUGAGGAAAUGCCAAAUUAUGCAUUUGGGGAUCCGUAUAAGCUGGAGAAAAGGGACUGUAAGAAAGCAACUAAAAGAUUCAAUUUUUUAGAUUCUCCUGCUCAAAACCACCAUACAUCAGAGAAUGAUUAUGAUUUAAUGACUUCGAAAGAAGCAAGGCAUCAUUUGGUGGGCACUGAUUUUGACUCUGGAAAUGCAACUGCACAUUCUGACUGGUCUUGCUUUGUUUUGGAAGAUGCAAAGGAAAAUUUGAGUUUGUUGAGUGAGGAGUCAUGCUCAUCUACAGCAGUGAGGGAUGAGGUGACUGAUAUUUCACAAGUGAACUACAUAGCAAGAGACACCAAUAGACAUCAAAAUGCUUUUGAUGGUGCUCACUUUAAGCAUGGUGCUAAAAAGGUACUUGCCAAAGAAAAGUGUUUGAAAAAUAAGAAUAACCUUAAAAAAGGAAACAAUCCUUGUUGGUCAGGAAAACGUGUGCAGAGGCCAACUUUGUUAGAGCCCCGAUUAGCCCAUAAUUUAAAUCAUCUUUCCCAAGAGAAAAUAGGACAACGUGGAAGUUGGUUGUUUGAAGAAGGAUAUAGGUCAACUGACAUGAAUUUGGAUCACAGUUCUGUAUGUCAAACCUCCAAAACACAACGUCCUUCCUCAGGGUCCAAGCCUUUGAAUGAAGGUACCUUUGGCAUGUUCCUUGUCCCUGAGCCACACAUCGAAGUCAAAUUCUCUUUCAAUAGAUCCAAACAUGGUAGUCCUUUUAAAUGUUCACCUCAUGGCAGUUGUAUCUCUGAAAAGUGUGCUUUUUGUCAAUCAUCUUGUCACAAACGCUAUAAUGUUUCUUCUACAUUAUCAAAUUGUGAGUUGGGAGCAAUCGCGCCAGAUAUUUUUCCAGAGUCUUCAGAUUUUGAAUUGGAAAGCCGCCCUCCACAUUCAUCGCAAGAUGCUGUUUCUGAAGGAGAGAAAUUGAUUUUGGAAUUAUCAUCAGUGAGAAGUAUUAGCAAAUGUGAAGAAAAUAACUCAGAAUCUCAGCAAGCCAAUGACAAUAAUAUCAUGCCUCAAUCUGGCCUUGAGUGCAAGGAGUUAAAGGAUGCAACUUUAGAGACAUUGUCUUCUGCAAAGAUCUCUGCCAAGCCUGACAGCAGUAUAGGUGGUAGAAAUAGAAAUUGAAAGGCUGGAGAAAGAAGGAUGGAAAGUUAAAGACAAAGUAAUUGUCUCAACUCAUCUGCCCAGCUGAUGAUGCUAGAAAGCUGUGUCCUUCAUCUUCAUUGUGUGCAGAAGGUACCAAAAGAGGGUAGACACUGAAUAAGGUAUAUACCUUCCUGAUGAUAAUUAGAUGUCGAGUAUGUUUUGGGACCAAAGGAAGGAAUACAUCCUCUUUUUUUUUCCCAUGUUUAAGGCCUUUAUUUCAAAAAUUUGUAUGAUUGAAGACUAGCCUUAUCCUCAAGGCUGACGUGUGGAAGCUGAAUUUGAAUAUCAAUUGAGUUCAUUCAAGUUGUUUCUUUAAGAAGAUGAAGAAUUAGUCAGGGACCAGACGUACCCAACAGCAGUUUGUAUCAAGAAGUUGUGGUGGUGGCAUCUUCUAGGCUGUCUCUACAAACGGCUCCCCAUUCUGUACUCCUAUCCCAAUUGCUCUUAGCCUUAUGAUGAAAAGCAUGUUGAUAUGGAAGUUGUACCUUAAUUCUACUUCUUCUCAAGUAUUAUGCAUUCAUCUUCA